AUGGACCCUCCCUCAGUGUCAACCUUGCAAUCUAAAGAGACCCGGUCCAGACACAAGUCACAGGCGUGAGAUACGACAGGGGUGAGCCCCUCACCUGUGUAGGAGCCAGAUGACCUCCAUGCCUGUGGUCUAAGGACUGGUGCUGAUGCCCUGAUCCUGGGCCAUUUUUGGAACGGAUGAAAGCUGAACACAGUGGUGUUUGACUGUCUCCAAUGUGGCACACACUGUACUAUGCAGUUUGGCUUAGCCCUUAAAUACCUUGACACUGAUGCCUCCUCACUGCACAAAUCUAAGCCCCACUAUGACCUUUUAGAUAUGAGGCUUGUGAGUUUUUAUCAUUUCUCCCACCCUUUUCUCAUGUAAGAAAGCAAGCAGUACAGUAAUAAAUGUUGUGUGGGUGUUUGGACCUGAAUUCAUCACCUCCUCUCACCACAUCCUUCUGUUGGCACAGUAAUACUGAUACAGUGGUGACGUCAAUCUCCACUUAUCGCUGUGUAUUCCAAUACACCACGGCCCUUGGCUGUGCACAAGUAGGCUUUGCUCUUACUCAGUGCUGAGGAGACCCACCUGCUGCUCAGCUCCCCAGGUGGGGUCUGCAAUUGCAGUAAUGAUUUAGCCAGACUGGUCAUGGAAGUGUUGGAGGGCUGAAAUGCACAGAACAGGGCAGGUAAUAUCCAUGUUUCCACCAACUCUCCUUGCUGCUAGUUUGUUCCUGCUUGAUAUUGCAGCCUCACUGUAGAUCUUUCUUAUAGCUGAUAUGGCCCUUGUGCCCCAGCUGUCAUUGCCUGUAACCUCUGGACAGUUAGGGCACCCCUUUGUCUCCCUGUUGCUUCAGCUUUCUAAUUAGAUGCCAGUGUGCAUUGAUAAUGAUUUUUUUUCAAGAAGAAAGCUUAUUUGGGCAUAUAACUGGUGGACUGUGUCUUCACUCUUUUUUUGCUUGGGUGCAAAAAAUUCAUUUUCUCAUGUUUGGAAAUAUUUUCUUCCUUUCUUUUUUUUUACUUAAAUUGAGUUCUUAAUUAGUUUUGGUUUGGGGUUUUGUGUUGGUUUUUUUUGUUUUUGUUUUUGGGCAUGUUUUUUUCUGGUGAGUUUUUGUUUGUUUUGAUUUUUUUUCAUUUUUUUGGUGUGUGUUUUGUUGUUGUUUUGGGAUUUUUUUUUGUUUAUUUUUUUUUAAGUACAUAUAUUUCCUGAAAACAGUUCAAACUGUCAGCUUAGACUGCAUCAAUGUUUGGCAGUUAUACCCUCAUAUUUCCAGAUCCUUAACAAAAAUAAUCUUCAUAAAUGUCUGUCUGUAUUGGUCCUAUUUCCUAUUCUCUGGUAUAUUAAAAACACAGCAUCAUUUACAUGUGUAUAUUAUAAAUGACUACUCAGCUUUAUUGCUGUGAUCUCAUAAGGAUAUUACAGAGUUUGCAGAUGCGGUACUUGGCAGCUGUAAAAUGCUUGACAUUUUAUAACAAGUGUCUGUGUCGCAAGGAUGCAUGAAGCUGAUUCUGAGUCCCUAUUUCACAAACUGAAAAAAUGAAACAAGGCAGUAGAAAGGACUUCUCUAAUGCCAGACUGGGAAUAAGUUCCUACCCCUGCUCAUUGCCCACUGCCAUUCUUUCCUCCAGGUUAACAAUCACAUGCUGACAGAUAGAAGCAAAUGGGAAGGGUGUAAAAACAGAGGGAUGUAGGAAAGGUGGGGGUCUCAAUGAUAGACUGGAAUUGAAGCUUGCAGGGGGCCUGACUGGAGCAUGCUUCAGAAGUAGGGCUGGUAUACAUUUCCAUUGAAGUCAUGAGGUCUUUGGCAUCAACCACCACAAAAAUAUUGCUGCAGAGCUGCAGCUUUCCCAGCUCUUCUGCACAUGUCUUGUCUGUCCAUGUCCUGUCAUAACAAUCUGGAGCCCAGCCAGGAGGUCAGACAGUUUCAGCAGUACUGAAACUGUCUGUGGAGCUCUUAGAGGUCACAGUCCUUUCCUACCACACUGAGGUAGGGAAAUAGAAGGAGAUAAAUGUUGGACUAAUCUGUGGCCAUUGGCAAGGGUAAGAGAUGGAACAGUGGUAUCCCAACUGAGGAAGCAUUGUCUCUUUGUUUCAGCUGUUUUAGCAGAUCCUACUGUUUUCUUACUUUUGCUACUAUGCUCAUCUUCAUGAAUCUUCCUUCUAGAUUACAAGGCUGUAUGCUAACCUCUCCCCAUUGUGUAAUGGCAGUCUCUGGUAACCCUGUAAGACAUCUACCCAAUGAGCUACUUGGGCUCCUUGCUUUGACUUUUUCCAGUCCCUUCAGGUCUAUGGUACCAUUCUCUGAGCAGAGAAAGAAAAGUAGGGGGGGAGGCCCUUGAAAGAAACCACAGUCCAAUAGGUAAAAGCAGCAAAGACUUUCCUUGCAUUAUCUGUUCAUAUAGGCAGGAAUAAGCAUAAAAGUAGGAAGUUAAUGCAAUAUUGUGAAUAUUAAGCACGAGAGGCCCUGCCAGUUGGAUUCUGAAAUAAGUGGUGGGUCUGCAGACCUCUCUGAGGACCCAGCUUUUCCUCUUCCUCUUCCUCUUCCUCUUCCUCUUCCUCUUCCUCUUCCUCUUCCUCUUCCUCUUCCUCUUCCUCUUCCUCUUCCUCUUCCUCUUCCCUUCUCUUUUCCCUUCUCUUUUCCCUUCUCUUUUCCCUUCUCUUUUCCCUUCUCUUUCACAAGUUGCCUUUCUUUGUUUUCCAUGGUGGCCAAGAGUGUGGAGCAUGACAGUCACAAUACUAAGUGAUGCUGAGAUGGGCUCAUGGUGCAGCCAGCAUGAAGUUGACUGAGCAGGUUUCAGAUAGCAGGUUUCAGAUAGCAGGAUAACAGCAAGUCCUCCUCAAAGGAAUGAGGAUUUGGAGAAGAGCUAUGGAAGAUGGGUGAGAUCACAAGGUGGAGUUAGACAGUGGGCUGUAUCUCAGUGUCUAGGGACUGUACCACCAGAAGUAGUGGUAAUGAUGAGAAUAAUUAUACAGAAAAAACUUGGAGAGCUUGGACCAGAGGGGUCAAGAAAAGGUGUUUACUCAAGGCAAUGUGUGAUGCAGAAAGAAGGGCUGGAGUACAGAGUUAGAGAGUUUGCCCUGCCACUGGCGACAGGUGAGGGAGAAUGGCAGGGUGCCUGGGGCUCCUUGCUGAGCUGGAACAGUGCUUCAUGGGCAGGGUUUGUUUGGCAGGAAAGAAGGGGCAGCAGCUGCAUCAUUACCCCCACAGCAGGGUGUGACACCUGUGUCUGUGGCACCUCCAGAAUGAGUCUUGCUAGUCUCACCUGGGCACUGAUACCCUGAGAGAACAUCUGUGAGCUCACAUGAGGCUGCAGGGGCUUUCUGGCUUUCUGGUGGCUGCUAAAUUUGUUUUGCUUUCAUUAUUUGAGUAAACCUGGGAAAUUUUUGAACUCCACAAAUGUUCCCUAAGUCUUGAAGGCUUCAUGGGUUUCUCUCUGCUGGGCGAUUGCCUGGGUAUUUGUUGCUUGUGGUAGAUGCUGCAUAGGGACCCCAGGACCUGGAUACCUUGAACCCUGCAUAUGAAUACAGGCUGAGGGACAAACAGAUUGAGACCAGCUCUGCUGACAAGUCCCUGGGGGCAGUGGUGGAAUAAAAGCUGGCCAUAAGCAGGCCAUAAUUUCUGGUAGCCCAGAAACUCCUGGGUCCUGGGGUUCUUCCCCAGCAGUGUGGGCAGCUGAUAUAGGGAGGGGAUUCUUCCCCUCUACUCUGCUCUCUUGAGACCCUACCUGGUGUUCUGCCUUCAGGUCUGGGACCCCCAAUGUGACAAGCAUGUGGAACUGCUGUAUUGAACCCAGAAGAGGCCACAGAAAUGCUUCAAGGGCUGAAGCACCUCUGCUGUGUAUGACAGGCUGGGAGAGUUGGGCUUGUUCAGCCUAGAGAAGAGGAGGCUUUGAGGAGACCUUACUGCAACCUUUUGUUAUUUAAAGGGAGCCAGUAAGAAAGAUAAGGACAGACUUUUUAGCACAGUCUGUUGCAAUGGGACAAGUGGUGAUGGUUUUUUAAAUUAAAAGGGUAGAUCAGACUAUGUGGCAUGGCAUAUGGGCCCUUCCUGCUGUCUGUGCAUCCUUGCAACUUGUUUUCAACGAAGUUAUGUCACCAAAAUAAUACACAUUGCUUCUCCAAAGUCUUGUCCCAUUUAAGAAUAGCUUGAGAAAACAGUGCUGAAGUCUGUAAUAGGUAUCAACAGUCAAUACUCUGCAGAGAGCACGUUUUAAGUCUUUCUGUGCACAUCCAUGUGUUUCUAUAAAUAUUUAAAUGCUGUGAAAACACAGCCUUAAAUACAUUAUAUGACUUGAGGGCUUUGUCUUGGAGCAGGGGCUGUGAGUUGAAUAGUCAUUGGUAUGUGAUGCUAUUUCCUCUGUUUUAAACAUCCUGCUGUCACCUUCUCUGAAGACUUUCAUGUAGGUUCUCUUCACUAUACCAUCAGGGCAGCCUUUCCCUGCAGUCAGUACUGUACAUUGUUCUCUCAGAUGCUACAUGGGAGGCUAGGUUUUGGGUUUGAUUUUUUGUUUUGUUUUGGGGUUUUUGUUUGUUUGUUUGUUUGUUUGUUUGUUUUUGUUGUUUUUCUUUUUUUUCUCUAGUUUGUCUUUCUGGAGUCCCUUAACUAGAUAUUUCAUGCUUAUAUAACUACAGGUAGGCCAAAUCAAUGAGUGCUUACUAGCUUUCCUCACACAGAUCCACAAUGAUAUUCAGACUCUAUUUGGCUAAUUCACUGUGUAGCUAUUUAAUCUGCAGCAAUGUCACUUCUAGUGGCAAGCCAUUCCUAGCUGCAAGAUACUAAUGAAGAAAAAUGGGUUAGCAAUGAACCCAAGAGUCUUUCUUGUUACCUGGAUAGCCUGAGCUGCAGUCACUUUGCUGCUUUCUCUGUGCAUGUGCUAGCAAGGAGCAAAGAUUUCCCUGACCUUGUUUAUGGCAAGUUGGCAGGCUGUUGGUCAUACCCCCCUUAGCCCAUGGAAUUGAUAACAUACAGAAGUGCUGAAAUUAAUUGUCUAAAUAAGGCACUCUACUUUUAGAUGUUUAAAUGAAAGCAAGAUUAAUUCCAUCUCAACCUUAUUCAAGUGAAUGUCUGAGAAGAGCUCUAAAUUGGUUGUGGGAGUCUUGUUUGUGGUUGUUUUGUUUUGUUUUUUUUCUUCCCCAGGACAUCCAGUGAGAACCACCAUGAAGAACAAACCUUGGCUCCACAAUAUUUUCAUCUGCCUUUUAUUCCAAUACACUCUGUGUUGUGAAAGCCUCACUUGUUUUGUGGAUUAUGUACAGACCCUGUCCUGUGUCCUGCGAGAUGAGUUGGGCGCUGGUUCAUACAACCUCACUGCUUCCUGGGUUCCUGAAGAAGAUCCAGAAAAUACUGUGGCUGCCUGCACUCUCAUGCAAUUGUCAAGGAACACCAGUCACACGCAGUACAUGUGCACUGUGGACAUGACUGAAUUUCUUGCAGAUACCAAAGUCCAGGUGGAUGUUACAGAGAUAGCUGAUAGGCAGCACGUGCUUUCCAAAGACUUUUAUUUGUCAGACAACAUAAAACCACAGCCUCCAUUCAACCUGACUGCUUUGUUCUCAGAGGGUUACAAUAUUUCUUGGGAAACCAUCUACCAGAACUCUUCCUUCUCCUUUUUGAAUGAGGAGCUGGAAUAUCAGCUGCGUUACAAAAGAAGAACUGACACCUGGGAGACCCAGAAGACUAAAGCUGUUCAUGAAGAUAAACGGACACUGGUGAUCCUGCCAUGGGAACUACAGGCCAACACUGAGUACGAGUUCCAAGUGAGAGCCAGACCCCGGGAAGACAGUGGCUAUGGUGGCUUUUGGAGUGAAUGGAGUUCUCCGCUGUCGUUGAAAACUCGCCCUGCCGCAGUGACACAGACAGGAGGCAUGGAAUGGCUGUUGCUGUUUGGCAUUGUUGUGGCAAUCAUGGCCUCAAUCACAACAUUUCUGGCCAAACAGCAGAGCUUGUGGAAGAAGAUGGCUUGCAUCCCAGACCCUGCUCCCUUUUUCAAACCUCUUUACAUGGCUCAUAAUGGAGAUUUUAAGAAGUGGGUUGGUGCAUCCCAUAUGAAAAUGACCUUUGAUUUCUUUGAAUGGGGAAUAGUCCUUCCAGAAGUCCUAGAAGUUUACACCAUGCAUGCUUCCAGCAGCACCCCACAGGAAGAGCUGCAUGAGCUAAGAAAGAAUCUGCCUUGCAAGCCCUGUGUGUCUUGCCUGACUACCCCAGGUCAUGGUAGCCAGUCACUGUGGUGUAGUGUAAACAGUGGUGGUGGGACUGAGGACCAGUCAUAUGGGCACUUGUCAAUUGAUACAGUGACUGUGGCUGAUGAAUUUACAUCUUGUAACUGCCAGUGCAGCUGUAACCAUGUGUACAGGGAACAUGACCAUACCAACAAGGAAGAUGAUAGUGCUGGAGAACCCAGUUAUCCCAAGAUUAACCUUGAUGAGGAAGACAGAAAGAUAUCCAGUGACUUGCAUUUGGCUGAUCUGAGUACACAGGACAAAAUUCUUGCUUCAGGCUCUGUGUCCACAGACCACCUGAGGAGCACAAGUGUCCCAGUUGAUCAGCAAGGAGAAAGGGGAGUGGAAGGAGGGGUGGGGAGCAUCCUAGAAGCCCUUUGCUUGCAGCCUUAUCAGUGGGAUUUGGAAAAUCCAGGUUCUCUACCUUCUCCUGAUGGUGAAAGUGUUUCCUACAGUGAAGGCUCCUUUGACUUCUUCCCUCACAAAACAAAGCCUGGUGACAGCUAUCCUUUGAUCUGUGUAGAUUUGGACACUAUUGACAGUGGCUUUGUGGACUCAGACUGUGGAAGUCCAGUUGACUCUGAAUUUGGGCAAAACAGUCAGACCACUUGUGGGCCCAUCCCUUUUGAGCAAGAGGGGCAAGACUUUACACGGAGCUACGUCAAGCAGUGGGUCUCCUGCCGCUCUGAGAGCCCUAUCAGUGGGACACAGACAAACUAAGGACUGGAUGAGUGUGCGGCCUUUUCCAUAGUGCACCAGGAACAAACUGCUAGCAAAAUUCAGAAGAGAAACAAAGUUUACUUUGUGUAAGCUCUAUUGCAUAAACUGACACCUGUUAGGUCCACAGAAAUAUGCCUGUUUUUAUUCCCACUUAUCCUAUUAAUGUCUCAAAUUUGUUGUGAUUGAUUGUUCCUGAGUUUUGCUGGGUUUUGUUUUUUUUAGAAUCAUAGAUCAACCCUCCCUUGAUGUCAAAAAAAAGGUAGAAAAAAGCAACUGUACCUUGAAAAUGAUCCUUUGGCUUACAUAGAUAUGAAAAAUUUUUUGCAGUAAUCUUAUAAAGAGUACAGAACUUUAAGUUAUUUUCUCUGGUAUUCUCACAUGACUUAAGAGUUUGGCUGCACAUGGAACCUUAGAAUCAUAACCCAUGGUAAGCAUGUUUUGCUAUGUUAAAGUUCCCCUACCUUUCCAAACAACAUGUGAUGUUACUUUUCCUUCUACUAUCUUUGGCUCUUUAAACUCAGCUGUAGUAGUUUGUUAAUUACAGACCAGUUUGAGACCGGUCCAUGGGGAUGAAAACUAAUUCUUAUUAAAUCAUUGCAGAAAUGCAUGUACUAGAGACUAAGCACAACUCAGGUUUCAGAAAGAUUUUCCAGAUGGAGUCUGCAAAUGAAAAGACUUCAAAAUAUAUAUAAUUCUAAAGAAACUCUCGCUACUAGGCUUCUCUAUUGAGUCAGACUCUUUCUCUGCCCUCUUCAAGCAUUUUAAUUGAGCAGCUUUUAGAAUUUUGCUAAAAUUAUCGAAACAUUGUCCUACCUGGAUAUGCCUGCCACUUCUUCCUUGGACUUGCUCUGCUGCAGUUAACAGGUCAGUAGCACAAAUUUUGAGCAAUUUCUGCUAGCUAAUAAAGCCAAAUAUGAAACUGCACUGUAAGCUUGAAUCCGUUUUUCUCUCUGACAUCUCCAUAUCUCUGAUUUGUUCCGGAUAAAUGUCUUUAAAAGUCACUAAAAAGUAAUACUGAAAUUAAACGAGAAGACCUUCAUCUUACGUAGACAUAGUGCUGCUAACCCAUAGACUGCUUGGCUCCAGAAGGUUAUAUCUUGAGAGAACCUUUGUGGUGAAUGGUGCAUGUUUCCAGUGCAUCAAUAAUCUGUUGUUGCAGUGAUACCAAUAAACUCCCUUCUCUCACCCCCUUCUCUUACCUGAGACUAUAGGCAACCCCACAGUUCCCUAAAGAGGAGAGCACUGUAGUAAAGAGAAGCUGAUUUUUUCAUAGGUGAGUGCUGGAACAGUACUGCCCUGCAUCCACAUCCUCUGGUUUGAUUGUUCAGAUCCUCCAUGGUAUUUGCUAUGUUGAUUUUGGACCCACGUGACUUAGUUUUGUCCAUAUUGUUAUAACUCUCUCAGUACAUCCCUAGCUCAAUGGCUUCCUGGGUACUGCUCUAAGAUAUAUUAACUUCUUUGGUUUCUUCCCUCCUUAUUUUCCAUUUUUCUUGUCAUGUGCUGUAAUAAGUCAUGGGAGGUGUUGUCUUCAUGUGCUGAUGUUGUUUUCAUGUGCUCCUUGCUGCUACUGGUCCCUCACAUGCCCUCCAUAAGGCAUGUGAAUCCAGCAGAGAAUCAUCCCAGCUCCACUGCCCUGAAGAGCUGACUGCCCUACACUGUCCUGUGAGGGCUGCUUACAUUGUGAUCAUCUUGAUGCGAAAGUGUACUGGACAGAAGCAUUUCUGAUGGUCUCAGCACAGUCCUCUGCAGCAUCUUCUCACAGCUCUUUUCACUUCAGAAACUACACUGUGGUAACUGACCCCAGGCUGCUUAAGAGAGAAAUUUGUGUGUUUUUCUGGGGCCCUUUACAUCUCAGUCCUGUGUGCUCUGUUUCCGUUUGUAUUGAUGGCCCCAGAACUGCUGAAGGGACUGUUUCUGUUACUGGAACACUAUCUGGCUGUACAUCUGAUAGAUGGUGGUGGUUUGGUGUUACGUUGGGCUGGAAGUUAUCUCUGCUCACCCUAGGAGGCAGACUUCAUGUACAAGUGUGUGACACAGGGGUAUUAAAAUAAGGGAAGUUGUUCCCUUUGAAUCAGUAUAUAACAAUUAAGCUUUUGGUCAGUGAGUUGUCACUGUGGAAGUGGAGGGGUUUGAGGUGGGGGGUUUUCAGUGCCUCCUACUAGCAAAUUGCAAAUGUCCCUGAUCUAGAAGUUCUGAUUUGGAAUUUUUUUUUCCCCAGGAACACGAGGGUCAAAAAGCAGGUACUGGGAGAAACACCACAAUCCAUUCUGAUGUACCAAUUUGGAAAUGUCCAUCUCCAUUUCUGCUUGGCCCCUGGCUCCUUGUCUCUUGGACCCAGAAGCUGAUACUGACAGACUGUUACUCAGUCUGUUCUUUGACUGCUUCUCUCUCUCUCUGUUCUCUCACUAGACCCAUGUACAGGACAGACUUGAUGGAUCCUGGCUGUAACAUUGCCAUUGCAUCAUUGCUGCUGGGCAUGGGAAGAUCUGUUCCUUAUACACUCUAGGAUCAGGACAAGGAAGAACAGCAAUGGUUGUUUGCCUUUGAUUCCAGAGCUGCCCUUUGAGCACAGUGCAGGAAUCAGCUGUGGAGGAAGUUCGGGCAGGGAAGCUCAGGGGUGCUGCAGGGGUCUGAGCACAGUUGGGCAUAGGUCUUGGGUGGAAGCAGUUUAGCCCCACAUCCACACAGGGCUAGGAAAUGGCUUUAGGUCACUUAGAAAGUUAUUUUGUUGACCUAUUUAUAUAAAAGCUGCAAGCAGAUACUUUUCUAUUCAGCAAAUUACUUGGCCUUUUAAAUGUUAACCCUUUAGUAGAAAUUCCUGUUUCUCCAUGACUAAUGAGAAAUUACAUAUAUAGCUACUUUAACUCAAUCUGAUAAUCAGAGCAGUUUUUCAUUGGUUCUUGAGAUUAUCUUUAAAAUCAGGCACAGUAAGAUCUGUUUUAUUAUGCCAUUGCUGCCACUGCCUGAUCAUCAACCACACAGUUUAAACUAUCAAGGGACAGAAGCAGGGUGAAAAGUGACAUUUCUUUUUUGCUGGAGCCUGAAGACCAGAAGUGUCUUUGCACUUUUGUUCUGAUAAUUUGCUGAGCACAAAACACCACUAUUGCAAUAAUUCUGAUGGACUGUGCUUGAAAGAAGGGCCAUCUUGAACAAGGUACUCCUCUCUGACUGCAAGAGAUGAAUGUAAAGGAAUCGAGCCAAAAUAGUCCUCAGUGUUUGGGACUCUGCAGACAUGAACAUACUUUUUAAAUAUGUGUGUAUAUAUGUGUGUGUGUGUGUAUGAAUAUUGCUUUAUUGCAGUCAUCCUUUGAAGCCGCUUUCUUUCUGGGAUCCCAGUAUAUCACAUCUAAAAGUACAUGGCUGUUUGUGGGCAUCAAAUUGUUGGGAAAAUGGCUCUCCAAGGAUGAAGAGAGAAAAAGGCUUGUUUAUGGGGUUCUCUUGGACAAUCUGUGCAGAUAAGAAAAUCCAACUACUCUUUCCUUAUUCUCCAGGAUAAGUCUCAUGUGACCCUGUUGUGUACAUUUGGCAUGUUUCUGUCAGAUGUGUGCUUAGAGGCCUAGAUAUUCAGAAAGUAGAUAAGGUAUCACUAAUUUUUCUUAAAGGACCUACAGAAGUAUUUUCUUAUAGACAGGGAUGAUUGUUUGCAAUGGGUAGCUCUUCUAUUACACACACUAGCAUGACAGAUUGCUCUGGAGACUGCGCUUUGGGUAAUCUUAGUGGAUGAAGGGGUGUACCUGCUGGUACAGACAUGCUAUUGCCUGUCACUGUUUUACUUUGUAGGUGCUACUCAGUGUCCCAUCUCUAGUGCCUGUUGGCGCUGCCUCUGGAAGAGAUGUAAGCAAAGGAAGGGCCACGGGAGAGCAAGUAAUUUAUGACUAAUUGCUAAGAUGUAAGGAAUGGAAACUGAGCAUUCGAGGGUCCAGAUCUGCUGUGUCUGCUCCCACUGUGCACCGCUCAUUGUAUCAUAGAAUUCUGCAAUAGCUUCAGUUGGAAGGGAUCUUCAAACCCUCUGCCAUGGGCAGCACCACCUUCCACUAGACCAGGUUGCUGCAAGCCCCACCCAACCUGACCUGGAAUACCUCCAGGGAUGGGGUAGGAAUGUCUUUUCUGGACAACUUGUGCCUUUGUCUGAUUGCCCUCACAGGGAAAAAUUUCUGUGCGAUAUCUCAUGUAACCCUGGCCUCUGCUUGUUGGAAGCCAUUCCCCCUUGCCCCAUCACUGCAUGCCCAUCUCCAGCUUUCUUAUAGCUCUUUUAUGUAUUGGAAGAGACUCUAAGUUCUCCCUGGAGCCUUCUCUUCUCCAAGCUGAACAAGCCCAGCUCUCAUCCUGUCUCCAUAGCAGAGGGAUUCCAGUUCUCUGAUCAUCUCUGUGGCCUCCUCCAGACUUGCUCUAGCAACUCCAUGCCCUUCUUAUGUUGAGGACCCCAGAACUGGACACAGUACUGCAAGUGGGGGUCUCACAAAAGCAGAGUAGAGAGGCAGAAUCCUCUCCCUUAACCUGCUGGUCAUGCUGCUUUUGAUGCAGCCCAAGAUACAAGAGGCUUUCUGGGCUGCAAACAUGCAUUGCUAGACCUUGUCAAGUGUCUUAUCAACAUCAGAAUCUUGCUCUGGGAGUGAGAACAAGCAAAACACAUUUUGAAAGAGUCUAGACCCACUGCCAAAUCACAGCCUGAAGUUUCUGACUUCAUCUGAGAUUUAGGUGAGCAUACAAGAUCAUGUGAAUGAGCUGCAACAAGAAAAAAUUACAUUGAUUAAGCAACAUACCUUAUUAAAAAGUUGAUGUCAGAAGUGGAAUAAAGCCUAGAACUCCCAUCUGUCUGCUGUGGGCUGGCAUAUAAUACCAAAUGUAUCAAAAAUACCCAAGCAUAUUGAAGAAUCUUAUGCACCUAUCUUCAUGCGAAAUCCUUGCUUCAUGUUUUAUCAGGCUUUUGUAAAACUGAUCUUACUUGCAGCUAUCCAAGAGUCAGAGACACAAAAAUCCUAUUUUACGUCCAUCCCUUUGAGCCCAUUACAUUUACCUAUACAUUACUUCUGUCUCUUUUCUCUAUCUCAUCAAGCAUGAGCUUCUUGUCCCCAGUUUUAAAGUCACUGACAGCCUCUUCUUGUCUUCCUAUCAUCUCUGUCUUCCCUAUCUAGAAGUUAACUCUAUGAUGUCAGCUUCUACCUCCCACUAGAUCAUUAAAUCUACUUCUCCUAAUCAUCCUCCAUGCUACUGCUUACACAUUGAAGGUGCUGCUUACAAUUCUCUUGGGCUACAUCAACCUCAUUCUACAAGUCUUCCUGUAAAGCUCUGCUUUACAGAGUUUCUGAAACCUAGAUGGUAUCUAGGCUACCCACAUGCUGAGACUGUGUUGUCAACUGCUUGCACUACUUCCUCUCUCAGUGGUAUCUGUCAAAUAAUUUAUUUUACCUUAUAAAUUCUUAUGAGAAAAUGUUAUCUUUUUAUUAUGUGUUCAACUGGACCCCCAAUCUGGGGGUAAAUCUCUGAAUAUUAAUUUCUGGUGAUAGAUUUAGCAAUAGCAGUCAUCUGUCUUUCUGUUAAUAAGCAGUUGAGAGCAUAUGAAAAAUCUGUGUUGUACAAAUUCUGGUAAAAAUUACUUAAAAUUGCUUUUGGGAAGUGUAGACCACAGGAGGGGAAGGGAAAGACACAGAUACAAGGCCUCAUUUCCUUGAGCAGAUAACAGGCAGAAUUCUGCCCUGCAACAUACAGAAAGGAUGGAAACACCAUUGCAA